ACGUUGGUAUCUACUGUAUAGUGACUACAAGGACCAUCUGGAAUAGUGGGGAGACUAUCCAGUUUUCAAGACUUGGAGCACAGCAGUGUGUGUAAUCCAGAUAGCACUCUGCCAAUUACCACCAGUGGCUCCAUCCACAAAGUCCGGGUGGAGUACUUUUGAUGUCCAGGCAUGCUGGCACUUUUGGUUCAACAAGUGACACGAGUACAGUUAAUGUACGUAACAUCUCCAGGAUGUAUAACUCCAACUGCUGAUGGAUGCGCGAUAACUACAAUGACAGAAUCUGCAGAUUUCCUUAAUGCAUUAUCAGCAUUCCUCUGUGCAGCUCCUGACAUUGCGGGUAACGCUUUCAGUUACCAGAAGUUUUUAGAGUUGUAUGAAGAGCUGAAAAAAGUUGCUGGAUGUGCUGGUUGUGAUGUAAAUGUUCUUCUGGGUACAGAUCUGGAUUUGGAAAAUCUAACAAAAGAUAUACAGCCGACUGCGGAGGAACUAAUAGCUGCAGUAAAUCAAUUAUCAGGCAAUUUACAACUUUCAAAAGAAAUUCGAAAAACUCUUUGCACAGUGGUAACGACUGUCAACUCUGAAUGUAUACAGAGUUUACUAAAGAAAAGUCUUCCAGAUGCUGAAUCUGAUCUUGGCCAAUUAAUAUGUCAGGUUCAAUCUUCGAACCCUGACAUCCAGAUUAUAGCCAAACUUUUGGGCAAGCUCUGUGGCGUUACCAUCGAUGUGGAUUCUCUAACUGGUGCAGAUAAAGCAGCAAUUGUAGGCUUAAUUAACAGUUCUUUGGUGAAUGGUCUGGCUGGUGCUGCAGGAGGCCUUGUAGACAAUCUUACAAAUGGAGGUCUUUGUAAAGCGCUGGGCAGUGGUACUGGUGAAACUGGUGCAGUUCCUGGUUUAGUUUCUGGUAAAUGAUGAGUCCCAGGAUCCCAUCCGAAGCACAUCUGCUUCCAAAGGAGAAAACUGAUUCCGAAUCUUUGCAAACCAAUAUUAAUCAUUUUCUGAAAUUCUCAUUCUCAUUGGAUCGCCCAUGUUUUUGAGAAGUCUUGAUUGUUGCUUUAUUUCCUGAAUGAUUUCUUUAAUCAAUAAAUUUCUUGCAAUUUAAUAAAA